ACAAUUGACACGGCUAUUUAUACGCACCUUAUGUAGAGAAGCUGAAGCUAAGCACCGCGAAAAAUGGCAACGCAACAGAUUGCGUCCCACAGAGAAAAUGCAGAGAUCUACCAUGGGGCGGCGCUCUGCAAGCAGAAAUCGAUCGAGCUCCUCCAGGAGAUCAACCUCCCCAAGGGCCUCCUCCCUCUAAACGACCUCGUCGAAGUCGGCUACAAUCGCACCACCGGCUUUGUCUGGCUCAAGCAACAGCGCGGCAUCGAGCACCGCUUCCGGCCCAUCAGUCGCACCGUCUUUUAUGAUAGUGAAGUCACCGCCUUCGUGGAGGAGCGCCGGAUGCGGAAGCUGACUGGAGUCAAGAGCAAGGAGCUCUUGAUCUGGGUUACCAUUUCUGAUAUCUACAUCGACGAGAGGAAUCCGACCAAGAUCACUUUUGCUACCCCGGCGGGGCUGGGCAGAUCUUUUCCGGUGUCGGCGUUCGAGGAAGAGGAAGGGCAAGAGAAGAAAUGACUGCAGCGACUGCCGACACGGCUGCAUUUCAUAAUAAGGAAAAAUUGAAAGGGGAUCGCUAUAAUUGCUAGUUGCUUCUGUUAGGGAUUCUAAAUAAUUUAUGUUCUAUGGAUUUUAAUCGGAAAAUUUGUUAAUUUUUAGGAUACAUCGUAUCUCAAUUGUCUUCUUUCUUCUUUUUAAUGUUAAGUAUUAAUUUUGGGAAAAAAAUUGCAGUAAAUCAUUCUGAAAAUU